AUGAUCUCUAUUUUUGUCAAAAACUGCAGAGGUACUUUUCGCCAAGAGGAAUUUGAGGAACCGUAUCAUCAGAACACGUCACCGAGAGCAACCGAUCAUCCCUUACCGCCAUUGAGGAGCUCUACACCAGCUUGCUAUGAACAACAGGUAGAUUUGGUAGACAGUUAUCUAACUCAUCCCCGGCUGGUGCUGGCGGUAUCGAAAGGAUAUAAAGGCCUCCAAAGACCAGGACUAAAGCAAUCCCAGAUGACGAUGUGGCAACAGCUUCACUUCCCGCCUAACUGUCGCCACACCCAACCGGAAACACAAUUAAGUCGCAUUGAAGAGUUAGGGCUAUUGAAGGAAUGCGGUUUCAAAUGCAUCCGUGAUGGUCCUAUGUUACUGCAACGGGUCAACGCACUACUUAAAAAAGACAAAUCGUUCUGUUGCGAUGUAUACGGUAAACCAAUGUCAGGGACGCAAGGCUGA